AUGGCGCGACUUCGGUUGAUGUCCAUCUUUUCCGGCGUGUUGUUAGUGGCCCUUAUUGGUGUUGUGGUUAUCGUAAGCUUGAUUUGGCUGUUCCAGGAGAAACUCCUAUUUCUAAAUGAAUUUCCAAUAGGAUACAAGACUGCGGACUUGAAUCCUAAAGGCAUGCGCCAUCCUGGAGAACUAGGGACUCCCUUUAAGGAAGUUUCAUUCACAACUCGCGAUGGUUGUAAGCUGAACGCGUGGCUGCUGCUUCACAGUGACCCCUUGACGGCCCCGACUUUUAUUUUCUUCCACGGAAAUGCCGGAACAGACGUUGGAUUUCAUAUGGGCCAUGCUAACUUGAUUUGUAGAGACGUUGGCGCGAAUGUUUUGCUCUUCGACUACAGGGGCUACGGGCGCAGCGAAGGCACACCCACGGAGGAGGGGGUCUACGCAGAUGCGGACUCUGCCCUGGACUUCCUCUUGAGCAGCUCGCUUGUGAACAAUAAAGACAUUUUCCUAUUGGGUCACAGCCUAGGUGGCGCUGUAGCUAUUGACCUCGCACAUCGCAGAGGGGAACAUUUGAAGGGCAUUGUCGUCGUGAACACCUUCACUUCGUUGCGCGACGUUAUUCACGAUGUAGCUCCCUUUUCCAAAGGGUUUGAUUGGCUCCUAGAUUCCGUUCAGCGCAUGAAAUUAGUGAGUCUAGAAAAGGUACGCAAAAUGCAAGUACCAGCUCUUUUUGUUUCUGGUCGCGAAGACGAGCUCAUACCUCCUCGUCACAUGGAUGUGCUUCACAAUGAAGCUCCAAGAGUUUAUUACUGCGGCGAUUGCAUGGUCGGAAGCAGCUCGCACAACCGACGCCGGUGCACUGUCCAGCAGAGAAGAAUCCCUUGUUGCAUCAGGUUUGUUCCUGUCCUUCAGACAUCCUCCGGACGGAAGGGCGGAGUCGUUCCAGUUUCUAAGGAAACUGGUACACCCAAUGCACCAGAGUAUCAUCAGGAAGGCGUGCUCUCGGCCUCCAGCCCAAGCGAUCCCGGGGCUUUGAACGACACAGUGGAGGACGGGGGACAAGAAGUAGAUGAUACAAGUCUAAGGCCGUCAUCUGGCUUGAAGCUUCAAUUGACGAUUGCUCUAUUGGUUGCUGCACUGCUUAUACGGGGAAGCAUAAAGGCGAAGACUCUAAAGCGACAAAUGGAUGAUAUUGUACGAGAACCGUAUGUGGAUAGGACCUCUGGCUUGGAAUUCGAUAUUUCCGGCAGUAUACAAACUCCCGAAAGGCCCAUUUUUGGUGUGGUAGAUGAUUACCCAAUGGCAAUGGUUGCCCCGCCGACGUCCCGGACGCCAGUCCCCACAUCUGCCCCCACACCUGUUGAAUCCGUUGUUGAACAAUCGGAAGCGCCCUGUGUCGACGCUCCCACCGUUUGA